AGUGCACACUGUUGGGCUGGGCCUAGCUUGCUUUGGUGGAGGCGAGUUGGGAAGCACCUGCUGGGAAGGGAGGGUCGGAUUUUGGGCUCACACUGUAGGCUCCUUGCUGGAGCUUCAGGGCGUCUGCCCAGCUGGCUUGCUGCUAAGAAGGCAGAAAAAGGCGCCGCUGAUCACCAUGGGGGUCUUUCUGGAAAUGCCCCUGCCCCUGCUGCUGUCACUGUUGGUGAAUCUGAUCGUCUCGCUGCUGGGCUUUGUGGCCACGCUCACCCUCAUCCCCGCCUUCCACGGCCACUUUAUGAGCGCGGGCCUGUCUGGAAAGGACCUCAACAAACAUGACCAGAAGCGGAUCCCAGAGGCCCAGGGAGUGAUCAGCGGUGCAGUUUUCCUUAUCAUCCUCUUCUGCUUCAUCCCUUUCCCUUUCCUGAACUGUUUUAUGGAGGAGCAGUGCAAAGAUUUCCCCCACCAUGAAUUUGUGGCCCUGAUAGGUGCCCUCCUUGCCAUCUGCUGCAUGAUUUUCCUGGGCUUCGCCGAUGAUGUGCUGAACCUGCGCUGGCGCCACAAACUCCUGCUGCCCACCGCUGCCUCCCUCCCGCUCCUCAUGGUCUAUUUCACCAACUUCGGCAACACCACUAUAGUGGUCCCCAAGCCCUUACGAUGGCUUCUUGGCCUGCAUCUGGACUUGGGGAUCCUGUAUUAUGUGUACAUGGGGCUGCUGGCAGUGUUCUGUACCAAUGCCAUCAACAUCCUGGCAGGAGUGAAUGGUCUAGAAGCUGGCCAGUCUCUUGUCAUUUCUGCUUCCAUCAUUGUCUUCAACUUGGUAGAGCUGGAAGGUGAUUAUCGAGAUGAUCAUGUCUUUUCCCUCUACUUCAUGAUACCCUUUUUUUUCACCACCUUGGGACUGCUCUAUCAUAACUGGUAUCCAUCACAGGUGUUUGUGGGUGAUACUUUCUGUUACUUUGCUGGCAUGACCUUUGCUGUAGUGGGCAUCCUUGGACACUUCAGCAAGACCAUGCUGCUCUUCUUCAUGCCCCAGGUGUUCAACUUCCUCUACUCGUUGCCUCAGCUCCUGCACAUCAUCCCUUGCCCUCGCCACCGUAUGCCCAGACUCAAUAUCGACACAGGCAAAUUGGAAAUGAGUUAUUCCAGGUUCAAGACCAAGAGCCUCUCUUCCUUGGGCACCUUUAUUCUAAAGAUAGCAGAAAGCCUGCGGCUAGUGACUGUGCGACGUGGUGCGAAUGAGGACGGGGCCUAUACCGAGUGCAACAACUUGACCAUCAUCAACUUGCUGCUGAAAGUCUUGGGGCCCACGAAUGAGAGAAACCUCACGGUGUUUCUGCUGCUAGUGCAGGUCCUGGGCAGUGUGCUUACCUUCUCCAUCCGGUAUCAGCUUGUCCGCCUGUUCUAUGAUGUGUGAGGCACCUCGUUGUUGCUGCCCAUUACUUCAUUCUCCAGGGUGCCUGACUCAGGCCAGCCUCUUUCUGGACCAAGAAUACCUCCUGGCCAGGCCAUGUUUAUCCUUCAUUAGAUUUUGCUCUCAGCAUUUUCCUUCCACUACAAUGACUGACUGACUGGUCGGCUGAACAUUGGCCUCUAACUGUGGCCUUCUGCAUUUGUCACUCGCCUUCUCCAGCUUGUGCAGGCUGUGACAUUCAAGCUGUUAUCCAACAACACUUGACUCAGAACAUGGCAGGCCUGGGGGAUGAAAAAAAAACCUUGGUUGGGAAUAGGAAAGAGAGGACCGAAGGUGACUUGAUGUCAGAUUAUAAAUGAUGUAUUCUGAUUACUAUCCGCAGACAGGGGCCUGGUGCUCCCAGUGUUAAACAAUAAAGUGUGAUCUUUU